AUGCUAAUGAGAAAAACUCAGAAUCGUAAAAAGACAGCCGUUAGCAAGUCGAGGCGAUGCGGGCUGAUUUUUCCCGUGGCCCGAGUUCGCCGUCUCCUGAAGAGCUCCAAACUCAUUCGUUCAACACGAAUUUCCGUGGCCUCUGUCGUCUAUCUGACUGCCGUUCUCGAAUACCUCUCGAGCGAAGUUGUCGAUUUGGCCGGCCGGGUCGCAAAGGAGAUCAAGCGCAAGACAAUAUCACCCCGUUCCAUUAUGUUAGCGGUUCGUGCAGACGAGGAGUUACUCAAGGUGUUGUCGGGAGUAAUCUUCCCAUUCAGUGGGACUACACCCUACAUUUAUCCCUCUUUGCUUCCUCAAAAGUCACCAAGGCAGCCAUCCACUCCCCGAGCUACUAGCACAGUUAAGGGAAAAGUUCUACACAGCAUCAAACUACCCCUAGGCCAGACUCUACAGAUAAUUCAGACAGAUAUUGCAGGACUGAAUGUGGAUGCAAUCGUCAAUCCGACCGACAGCGCACUUUCCAUGGGCGGCAUGGUGGGAUCUCGACUACUGGCUGUGGGAGGAGCCGCCUUUGCCAAAGUUAUGGACGAUGCCCGCAGUAAUAUCACCAAUUUGCAGAAGAACAAUGCAUCCGUUCUGCCAUUGGUGGACCAUCUUACAGGAAAACUGAGACAAGUCACAUUAACUACCUUUAUCCAAGUUUUGGAAAUCCGUGAACCAGUAGCCUCAGUUGGAGUUAUUUCCUUUUCAGCUUUUGUGACGAAAGGCACCGGAAUCAAAGCAAGUAAUGUGAUCCACGUAAACGGUCCCGUGUGGAACUCCGCCCGCUCUGCCGACUGCAUCAGUGAUCUGAGAAAGACCAUACAGAAUUGUCUCACCACCGCCGGGAAGGCCAAUUUCGAGUCGAUUGCUCUACCCUCCAUAGGUAGUGGAAGAGCCAAUUUCCCCAAGAGUCUGGCAGCUGAGACCAUUGUGAGUGCGAUUAAGACCUACCUCGACCAGGGCAAGACGUCACUAACUGAUGUGCGUUUCGUGCUCUUUGACCAGGCCUCCAUUGACGCCUACAUUUAUGAGCUAAAUCGUACGACCUGA